AUGGACGCCGGAGACGAGCCUGACAUUUUUGAAAUCUUGCUAAAUGGCGAAUUGGUCGAGGAUUCGGUCGACGAGGAGGGAGGAGGAAUAGAUUGGGAUAUGUGGUGGCAGAUCAUCGUCCACCGCAACGCAGGGGUACAUGACGCCGAGAUGCCUGAUUACCCUGACGCAGCUUGGAGUCUAGAACCAAAAGAUGCCCCGUUCCCUUUCAGUCUCGGGCAAACAUGGUACUGCGCGGCGGUAUUGGCAAUUCUACUUGCCGUACACUACGAGAUAGACUCGGAAUGGCUACUCAACAAUGGAUACAUAAACUACCUUAUGCGCAUAACGUCUAAGACGCUCCUCACGGUGGCCAUUUCUUUCGCCAGUACGCUUUUAUUCGAAUGCUUCGGCAGCGUGGUAGAUCUGAUCAAAGAAACUUACGUCCAAGAUAUUAUCAUAUACACAAAUGCCUGGUUUGUCGAGCGCUUUCACUGGGGUCCUGUUGACGAGAACGGACGUGCCGCUUGGAAUGGUGAAGACGGGAUUCAGUUUCACCAUGAUCCAACCCACCUUCGCCAACCCUUCCUCAAUGCCGUUAUCGCCAUAAUACUCAAUGCUUUCGAUUAUGGUCUUACGCUUCUCUUCUACCUAGUUCCAACGUCGAUUGGCAGCGGGAUUAUUUGGUUGGCAUCCCUCGUAUCAACUGACAUAUCAGACUUUCUGUCCAACUUAUCGACGUACCUCGCGCUGCCUACACCUGGCAUGGAUGGAACAACCGAUCUUAAAACUCUGCUUUGGGAAUUUGGCCCCCCUGUAUAUUUCCAAAUAUGGUUUGCGGCGUUCAUAUAUCUGUUUGUCUUCCUCUUCAUGUCGAGAGCAGAAACACCUCUCAUUCUACACGAUACAGGCCUAGAUCCCUUCUCUAAGCUUGCGUUCAACCUUCUUAGAGCAACUGCGCUACAUUUGCUGGCAUACACGGCUUACCAGAUAGCUGUUGGUCCGGCUUUUGUUUCCGCUUUGGGUUCCCUAUAUCGUGUGGCUAUCGAUCAAGACCGCAAGAGCAACUCGACACAAUUGGGUUGCUUAUGA